AUGCAGAAAGCAACAUACUACGAUAACUCUGGACUUUUUGGAGGCUACACCUUCCCCAAACCAGACUCUUACAACUACGGCCCCGCUCAUCAGCCCUACGCUGCUCCCAGCAUCGAGAAUGACUACCAGGGCUCAGUGUGUCCCACCCAGACCUCUGCUGUCCGGCCACCGACCCUCAAAGACAGUGACCUGAACGGAGACUGCAUGCGACAGAGCAGCAGUCAAAGCAGCAGCAGCAGCAGCCAAGCUACGAGUAUUGGGGAGCAGCAGGCACCUCCACUGUCCGCAACCUCUCCCAGCUCCAACAGCUCUGCGCCACAGAAGAAGAAAUCCCCUUCCAGCAGCGCUUCCAGUAAUGCCACACCAACCCUCACCAAGCAGAUCUUCCCCUGGAUGAAGGAGACCCGGCAGAACUCAAAGCAGAAGAGCGGCAGCUGCACCAGCGCAGGUGGCGAGCUGAGUGACGAGAAGAGCCCACCCGGACCGGCCUCCAAACGGGUCAGAACUGCUUACACCAGCGCACAACUUGUGGAGCUGGAGAAGGAGUUUCACUUUAACCGCUAUCUCUGUCGCCCCCGGAGAGUGGAGAUGGCCAAUCUGUUGAAUCUCACCGAGCGUCAAAUAAAGAUCUGGUUUCAAAACAGGAGGAUGAAAUACAAAAAGGACCAGAAGUCUAAAGGGCUCGCUCACUCUCCCCUGGGACACUCCCCGGACAGAAGCCCGCCGCUGAGUGGCCCAAACCACAUUGGAUACUCUGGCCAGCUCCAGAACGUGAGCAGCCUCAGCUAUGACGCGCCCUCGCCCCCGUCCUUCGCCAAACCCCAGCAAAACAUGUACGGUUUGGCUGCGUACACGGCACCCUUGGGUGGCUGCAUCCCGCAACAGAAGAGGUACCCGGGCUCCGAGUACGAGCACCACGGCAUGCAGAGCAACGGGAGCUUUGCCAACGCCAAUUUGCAAGGCAGCCCCGUUUAUGUGGGUGGGAAUUUUGUUGAUUCCAUGCCAGCCUCUGGCCCCAUGUUCAACCUCGGCCACCUUCCCCACCCCUCAUCCACCAGUGUGGACUACAGCUGCGCCGCUCAGAUCCCAGGAAACCACCAUCAUGGACCCUGUGAUCCCCAUCCCACAUACACAGACCUCACCUCUCACCAAGCGUCUCAGGGAAGGAUUCAGGAAGCGCCUAAACUCACGCAUUUGUAA